AUGUCACUCGUAUCAGAUAGUGAUCAAGCGUCUGGGUACCUGGAGCACCUUCAGGCACGUCUGUGGGAACAGGGAGACCACUCUCAGGAUGACGACAUCACAUCUAUUAUGGCUAUGUUAGACAGUCCAUUAUUCCGGCAGCUCCUCACACUGCAAGAGUCCUUAACAGAACUUAAACAGGUUGCAAACACUUAUCCUGUGAAUGAUGAAACAUUUGAGAUCUCUCUGACAGGGGAGUUAAUCCUGAACAUGCCUCCAGAUAGCAUCAACAGUAGUAACCAUCAUGAGCAGCCCUUCAGCGAGAGUAUGGUGGAUACCCUUAACUACACAGGGGUUGAGAACCCAAUUGUGACUCCGGCUUACAACCUAGAAUUCCAGAGGGCUCUGGAGCGGGCUUCCCAGGGCAGGCAAAUAGAAAUUAUCAAACUUUUCAAGCCAGAGAACAGCAGUCUUGGCUUCAGUGUUGUGGGCCCCAAGAGAAUGGAGAACCAGGUAGACAUGGGAAUCUAUGUCCAGGAGAUUCAGCCAGUAGGCAUUGCUGCAAGAGAUGGACGACUGCGAGAAAGAGACCAGAUUUUGGCCAUUGAUGGUCAGCCCAUAGAUAUAUCCCAUCAGGAGGCUAUUCGUAUCCUUCAGAGUGCGCGUGGCCUGGUGGAGCUGAUUGUUGCCCGUGGGCCAAUUCCACAGCAGCCAGACCUUGUCAGCAAGGACACGUUUGCCGAUCAACAGGCUGAUGUGCAGGUUGACGCCGGAUCAGCAGAUAUGGUGUUGAACACAGAAUGGACCCAAAUUGAAGUUAUUGAUUUGAUCAAUGAUGGAACAGGACUUGGGUUUGGUAUUAUUGGUGGGCGGAGUACCGGGGUGGUGGUUAAGACUAUUCUACCAGGUGGAGUGGCUGACUUGAAUGGACGACUUCACAGUGGUGACCAUGUCCUACAGAUUGGUGAUGUCAAUGUAAGAGGUAUGGGCUCUGAGCAAGUUGCUUCUGUCUUACGUCAGUCUGGUAGCCAUGUUAGACUUAUUGUUGCACGUCCUGUCUUGGAGCCUUCUCCUAUCCCUGUUCCUCAAGCCCCUAUUGUACCGACACACCAGCUUGAGGACCACAUUCAACAAAUUAACCGAUUCCUGGAGGGAACGGACAUCCAGACAAUAAAAGCAGCAACACACCUCUACUACUUGCCCCCAGAGUUCCCAGAGGUUGAGUAUUUUGAUGUGAACUUGAUGAAGGAUGACCAGGGCCUUGGUAUAACAAUUGCUGGCUAUGUUGGUCGUGAGAACUCCCCAGAUGAGCUCUGUGGUAUUUUUGUCAAAAGCAUUGGAGAGGGGAGUGCAGCUGCACAAGAUGGCCGAAUACAAGUCAAUGACCAGAUUAUACAGGUAGACAACCAGGUGUUGACAGGGUUUUCCAACCAUGAAGCUGUUGAGGUUCUUCGUAAGACAGGUCAGAUGGUUCAUUUGAAGCUUGCACGCUAUCAGCAUGGUCCAAAAUUUGAGAAACUCCAACAAUACCUGUCACAGCCAAUUGGGAUGCAUACAAUUCCACCGUACAACUUGGCCUCAGGUAUCGACAUGUCAUCUGAAGACAGGCACCAGAAUAUCAGUCUAGACGACAUCGGCUUGUUCACUGAUGAGGAUUACAAUGACAUCAGCUUGUUCACUGAUGAGGAUUAUACAGGUGAACUGCUUCCUGAUACAGAAACUGCGAUCAGAGCAUGCUGGGAACCCAUCAUUGGUGAAGAGUUUGAAGUCGUGGUCGCCCAAUUGUCAAAGUUUAAAGAAGGAGGUGGGCUGGGAAUAAGCCUGGAGGGAACAGUUGAUGUAGAAAACGGAAAGGAGGUGCGCCCUCAUCACUACAUCCGUUCCAUUCUUCCUGAUGGACCUGUUGGAGUCAAUGGUAGACUCAUGAGUGGUGAUGAACUCUUGGAGGUGAAUGGCAAGAGGCUGUUAGGAUUGAACCACAAGGAAGUUGUUGGAAUACUUAAAGAACUGCCUCAGAAUGUGCGCCUGGUAUGUGCUCGGCGGAUACAAAAGCCUUCCACUGAUAUCUAUGCAGCAGAGGAGAAGCAGUUUCACAGCUCACAGCUGAAUUCAGGAGUGAACGAAGUCACCCCCAUCUCUGACCGACUUGUGAAGGCCAAGUCUGAGAUGGCCCUUGCUUCUGUGGAUAGUACUUCCACCCCAAACUCCCUUAACAAAAUGAAAUCUCGAUCACUCGAACCAUUGACAAAUUUAGCCAUGUGGAGUGGUGAGCCAGUAGUGAUUGAGCUGAGGAAAGGAGACAAGGGUCUAGGAUUUAGCAUUCUAGAUUAUCAGGACCCAGGGAAUCCUACAGAGACUGUGAUAGUGAUUCGGAGCCUUGUCCCGGGAGGUGUCGCACAACAAGAUGGCCGUCUUGUGCCAGGCGAUCGACUUAUAUUUGUCAAUGAAGACAAUCUAGAAAAUGCAAACCUGGAUGAGGCAGUACAGGCCCUUAAAGGUGCUUCUAAGGGGAUUGUACGUAUUGGUGUGGCCAAGCCCUUGCCUUUAGGAAAUAAUGCAUUCCAGAAUACAAACAACAGCCAGAAUGCUACCUUCCCUUUGAAUCACCAAGGUUACGGGGAGGGUGGGUAUCACUUCUCCAGCCUCCCCCAACCUCCUCAGCACAUCGCCCACUCCGCUGAAAACUUACAACGACUUCCUGAGCAUGAUGAUUACCCCUUUCCUGUUUCCAUGCAGACAGACUCCAUUGGUGAGAGGCCAGACAGACAGAAAUCCAAUCGUGAUAGUUUCUAUGAAAGUGAUGAAGACACCAGUAUGAUUUCACCUAACAAGCCUGUGAAACCAGUGACUACACCUCGAACUCACAUACAUAAAAACAUGGCAUCUGGGUCAUAUGAGAACGACAGUGUGGUGCUUAGUCUACAACAACAACAAGCAGAGCAUGCAGUGGACAGAACCCCGCCCACUCCACAGCCACGAACACUCUUGCCAGACUAUGACACCUUCAUGAAAACAACACAACCAAAAACGAUGCUGGAGUCAGCAAAGUUUACAUCAGAAAGUCCACAUUCUGUCUCUCCUGUGGAUUAUGAAAAUGCUCUUCCAACUUAUGAGGAAGCCACGGCUGGAGACCUUGAUGAUAUGUUUACUUCAGUUCCUCCCAUUCCUGAUGGACCGCCACCUCCCGUGCCACUUCGGUCAGAAUCUCACACACAACAGUACGCAGACGAGGAGGUGAUUCAGAAAGAGGAAGAAAGAGUAGUCAGGGCCAGUCCAGUGUCUGAUGAGCCCAUGAUAAACGCAGUGCCCCCAAGUGACAAAAAAGUGUCUUCGCCCAAGCGGACACCUCCCCCGAUCCCUCCCAAACCAACACCUCCUAAGGCUCUGCUGAUACAAGUCAAGCCCAAGGACACACCUCCCCCUCUUCCAGCUUCAUCUCCUCCACAACUAGACCCCGUUGGUGCCUCUCCUGAUAAUAGAGUUGAGAUAAGCCCACGAGUUCCCCGUCAUCGACAAUCAGAUAGCCUUGACGGUUCAUUUUCCUCGUCAGAACCAGCCCAAGCAGCAAGUGACCUUAACAAGUGUUCUCCCUGCUCCUCCCCCCGGACCAUGUCCCCGGGGCGUUCACCCAUGUCUUCCCCAAGUCUACGACGUACCCUCUCUGGAGGCUCCGAUUCCCUACCGCCAACAUUGGAGAAAAAGCUGAAGCUUAAAAAAGGAAAAGAUGAACUUGGCAUGACAGUAGAGGCAGUGGACAAAGGAAUCAAUGGUUGUGUGGUGAAGACGGUGUUACACUCAGGAGCUGUGGGCAAGGAUGGGCGUAUACAAAAAGGGGAUUACAUUGUUGCAAUCAACAACGAGAGUCUGAGAAGAAUCACCAAUGCACAGGCACGAGCUAUUAUCCGCAGAGCCACUUUGCUUGGCCUAGACAUAGAGAUAUCCUACAUAUCCAGUGAAGAUGCUGCUGCCUUCAAAGAAUCUGCUGCCAAUCAACCUGCUCCACAGAGCCCCACUCUCUACUCCAUGAUGCCUUCUCCAAAAGCGAAUCUGUCACCACUUGCUGGUAAGUCUGUAGUGGACUCAACAAGUUCCACUGCAGUCACCACUGAGACUGCCACAACUGCCAUCAACACAUUAAGUGAUGCUGCCGUCACAGUUGAGGCCGUCACAGUUGAGGCCACCACACAGAGCACCACCAAUACAUCACUGGAGCCUGCACCAGUGUCUCCCCGACAGAAAUCUCUGGCUGCUGAUGGGUCCCCAGCCACUGGUAACCAGACGUGGGGGCCGCAGCGCAUGGUGGAGUUAUCACGCGAACCUAAUAGGGGACUAGGUAUUAGCAUAGUGGGAGGAAGGGUUGAUUUGUUUCAUGUCCAGCAAGAAAACACAAUCUCAGGAAUUUUUAUCAAACAUGUAUUAGAUGACAGCCCUGCUGGAAAAAAUGGCACCUUGAAAACUGGAGACCGCAUUCUGGAGGUGGAUGGGAAAGAUCUGAGAAAUGCAUCACAUGACCAGGCUGUUGAAAUAAUCCGGAAUGCAUCAACACCAGUCAAGUUUCUGGUCCAGAGCCUCACUGACCAAGCAUGUCCAACAGAUCUGGAAAUCGACACGAAGUCAGUGCAGUCAUACGAAGAGGCUUUCUGCUUACCGCAGCAGACAUUGGAUGUGGCAGGGAGAGUUAAUGAACAGUCAACCACUCCACCAGCUGUAGAAGUUGUGGAAGAGGACAACGGAGAAGAGGAUGAAUAUGGGUACACAUUGAAACGGAUACAACGACGUUAUGGUGACUUGACAGGGGCCCUUCACCUUGUCGACUUAAAGAAGGCUGGUAAUGGCUUAGGUAUCAGUUUGGCAGGCAAUAAAGACCGCAAUACCAUGAGCGUCUUUGUGGCAGGCAUACAACCGGAAAGUGUGGCAUGGCGCGAUGGCCGCAUACAUGUUGGCGAUGAGCUCUUAGAGGUCAAUGGCCAAGUUCUGUAUGGCAGAAGUCACCUUAAUGCCUCGGCUAUCAUCAAAGGAUUGACAGCAGCUGUGGUCAAGAUAGUUCUUGUCAGGCGACAAGAGAACUUGGAGCACAUGGCAGUGAAGCCAUUAAAACCCUCUGCAGCAGCUGUUUCUUCAGAGGUAGGUCAAAGGUCAUUUAGGAUUUGGGGGACUUCUCUAAGUCCACAAGAUGUAUUCCAGGUUUUUGAUCUCCAAAAGGGAGCCUCAGGUCUUGGUUUUGCUAUAGUGGAGGAGAACAGAAAUGAUAGGCAGGGUAUUUAUGUCCGAAGUAUAACCCCCGGCGGAGUGGCUGCCCAGGAUGGUCAGUUAAGUGUCAGUGACCAGAUCCUGGAGGUUGGUGACCGAUCAUUGACUGGUGUCCAUUAUGAUAAAGCAAUAGAAAUUUUACGCAAUAGUCAGGGAACUGUGAGAUUAAAAGUACGCAAAUGUGGAGAGAACAACGAAAAGGCUUCCAGUGGACUUAGUCUGCAACAAAACACUGUCUUUCAAGUGGCAAAUAAUGGCUCAGGGGAGUCAUCAACAGACCCUGCCCCAGUGUCUCCCAGUCAGCAGCAGGAUAUAUUACCACAUGACCCCUUCACUUGUCCAAUCAUUCCGGGAAAAGAAACGUCAAUAGAAAUAGAGAAGGGCCGAACAGGGUUAGGCCUCAGUAUAGUCGGUGGAGCUGAUACCCUCCUAGGAGCGAUCAUUAUCCACGAGGUGUAUGAGGACGGUGCUGCAGCAAGAGAUGGUAGACUUUGGGCCGGAGACCAGGUUCUAGAU